AUGGGACUGUCCGAAUUCUUCCAUAGCGUUUGGGACUUCGUGUGUCGGCCUUUCGAGGACUGUACCAGUUGCUGCGAUGUACUAGACCCCGACUACUACCGCAAGACAUCGCCCGGUGUGCACAGGUCUCCGCAGAUGUUCAACCGCUGGGAGCACGGCGUCAAGUACAAUAUCACCUCGUCUCGCCCUCCGUCGUCGGGAUCACGCUCGGAUUCGCCCUCAAAUUAUUCGUACGAGGAAGAAGAGGAGGAGAGGCAGGUGCAGUUCUUGUUCUACGGCGGCAGCGAUCCCCCCACGCCCACAUCAGUAGGAGACCUGUAUCCGAGCGGCGGGUAUCGCAGCGACAUGAUCUCUAAUUACGUGGAACCUAUGAGCCCGGCAGCGUCGAUUGAAUCACCUCGAAUUAGCCAUGAGAUGCCGUGCUUCUUCUCGCCGAGGAACACACCGCUACAGUCUCCAAUGUCAGCACCGAUCUACUCUCCGCAUCUCUUUAAAAUCUCCGAACAGCGAAUGUCGCGACGCAGUACAGGUUACUACAACAUGCGCUACUCCAGGUGA